AUGGAUUCCAUGACUCCAAUCCAGCGCCCAUCUUUGGGCGAGACAGCCUCUCUAGGUCGCCUUUACGAUGCUCGUACAGACAGAUUUACCAGCCUGUCACUCCUCCGGGGGCCGCCACCCAUGGACGUUAUACGAGCUACUGACAACCACACAACGCACUCGUCCUUUAGCACUCGUGACACAUACAAGGACAAAUUUGAGUCUAUGAACAUCAGUGGCGAUCUUGGCGCUAGCUUCCUAUCUGGUCUGGUGCAAGUUGGGGGUUCCGGACGCUACCUCGCUGACAGACGUGAGAGCAGCCUUGUUAUGCAGGCAUCAUUGUAUCACCACAUCACAACCGUCGACGAGGAGCUAGAACUUGAUUCCAACGAGAUUCAGCAAUGCCUUGCAUUCGAAGGACUGUCUCCUGAUGCCAACACCACGAGUCUUGCAACGCACGUUGUGACCAAGAUAUCUUGGGGAGCUCGUAACAUAGUUACUGCAAGGCGCGAGAUCUCCCGGACAGCGAGUGGGCAAAUAGAGCUAGAGAGUGGUCUGGAUGGCGCAGACGACGUGUUUGAGAUCACUAUUCAUGGAGAUGUUUUCGCAGACAAUGAGCCCCCGCCAACAAAUUUUAAGGAUGCCUUGCGGUUCAUCCAAAGAAUUCCAAGUUACAUUGCUUCAGCCAAUCGUGGAAAGGGCAUGCCACUCAUCUAUACUUUACUACCCCUAUCAAUGAUUUAUCGUCGAUUUCACCUCGACGCCGUUUGCCAAGUUUCUAUAACACAAAUUCGGAUCGAAAUCCUCGAUAUGUUCGUGCACCUGUUCGAUGACCUGCACACCGCCAUCCAAACGCUUAACGACUAUCUUGCUUUGCUUGAGCGUCAUAGCUUUUGUAUCCCCAAGGAAUAUGUGAAAGAAGUCACAGAUCGUUUGCGUAAUGCAAGGUCGAUAGAGGCAUCCCUGAAGCUGAAGUAUAAGGAAUGCCUCGUAAAUGUGCGCUCAGGUAGUGCAGAUCCCGAGCAGCUGAAGCAACUAUGCGAUGCUUUCAGCACCGGAGAGUCAUCGCCAAAGGAAAUUGUUUCAAUUACAGGCCGCUUUAAGGGGAAAAUAAACUUCGUGCAAUACCUUGUGUCCAGAGGCGCGGAGUAUAUUGGUUUCAAUGACAAGGAGCUUAGUACCAGUCUUGCAAAGCAUCACAGGCAGGAUACAUACGUAUUGCAUUUCACCGAGGCUACGAUGACUCAAGAAGAACUUUGGGCUGAGAAUCUAGCUGUUCUCCUCGGCCGUAUCGAGGACACUCAAGUCGGCCAGCUACGGGUAAUCUUGCAUGACUGCGAUGCCAAGGGGAGUUUUUUGCCGGCACCGCGAAUAUCUCACACAUACGGCUUGCGAGUCAUGACAGACGAUGUGUUGAAGGAAGUCAAGGACAUGGCUAGUGAUCCUAUAAUCCGCUAUCAGGAGCAACAUCUUGACCGCGAAGGGCCUCCGAGACCUGUUAAUUCAAGGACCGUCAGUAUACCUUGCCCCGGCUUGGAAUGUACACACAGAGGCCCUCGAAAAUGGAAAUGCUUCCGCUGUCGAUCAGUCGUCGAGUAUGGGCAUGUAGAUUCAUUCUUAUAUUGCCGGUGUGGCCGAUGCGACUAUCAACAUUGGGCUUUUAAAUGUGAAGAGCCGAAGCACGGGUUACAAUUUGAAAAAUAUGGACCACAGAAAUUGCUCGAGCUGCUCCAAUCAAUUGAGCCAUUUGAGGAGCUAAACAUUCUCAUUCUAGGUCCGACGGGAGUCGGCAAAUCGACAUGGAUUAAUGCAUUCGUCAAUUACUUGGAGUAUCAGACACUUGACCAGGCGUUACAAGCUGAAAAGUUGAUCUGGCGAGUCCCAUUCUCUUUUUCCUUGUAUGACUUUGACGACAGCGGUAAUUAUAAGCGUCUGCAAGUCGAGGGGGGCUUUGACGAAGCUAUGUCUCCGUUUCGAUCUAAACCCGAGGCAAAUAGCAUGUCCUUUGAGUACAAUGGAAGCAAAGGCGAGUCAGGCACACAGAUGACCAACGUUCACAGAAUUCAGAUGGAUGAUCAGGAUCUACUCAUUCGACUCAUCGACACUCCGGGAAUCGGAGAUACGCGUGGGCUAUCUCAGCAUCAAACGAACAUAGAGGAUAUUUUACAAACGAUUCGGAUGUACGAUAAAAUACACGGUAUUCUAAUCCUUCUAAGACCAGAUCAUCCACGAUUGGACGUAACAUUCCGGUAUUGCGUGCAGGAAAUGUUAACGUAUUUGCACAAAGGCGCUGCAGCGAAUAUGGCCUUUGGUUUUACAAAUAGCCGAAGUACAUUCUAUCUACCUGGACAGACAUUCGAUCCUCUACGGGCCCUACUUAGUCAGUACAAAGAAGCCAAUCUGGAGCUUGUCAAAGACAAUGUAUAUUGUUUCGAUUCCGAAAGUUUUCGCUACCUUGGUGCCUAUAAGACGAUUAGCAAAGACCUAGGCCAUCUCAAGGAGAGUGAGGACAGCUGGAAUAAGUCACACCAAGAAUGCACUAGAUUGAUUAAGCACUUCAAGGCGCAACCACCACAUGCUGUUCGCAGUACAAUCAACUUGAAUGAAACUCGGAACACCAUUCUGCUUUCAACAAGACCGCUAGCAGACAUUGCAAAGCAAAUAAAAUCGAACAUUGCGGUAUUGAAUGACCAAAUCAAAGACUUGAAAAGGGUCGAAGUAACAGGAACUGAACUUAGAGACAAAUUGAAGACGGAGAUCAAAGUUGCUGAAGCCAUCAAGCUAGCCCAACCAAACACUGUCUGUGGCCAUGAGAAAUGCAGAUCCUAUUGGAAAGACGGAACUAUAGGUGCGGAUGGAAAGCCGGUGUUCACGACUGUCUAUCUUAAUAUCUGUCACGCUGCGUGCUAUCUUUCGUCUGUCGCAGUCAAAUUCAAAGGAGACAAAGCUCUGCGGGACUGCGUUGCCUUCGUCGGCGAGGGAUAUUAUGAAGCGAAAGAUGGAGAAAAUAGCAGCCGUGUUGAAGACAGAGUUUGCUUGCACUGUGGUCACCACUGGGAGGAACAUCUCCAUAUCGACUACAAGUUGAGGGAAGUUUCAAGAGUUAUCGAUGACCCCAACGUUCAAAAGGCGUUGGAGCAGCACGAGACCGAAAUCAAAAUUAAGAAGAUGGGAAUCAAAAGCAAAGAAAAGAUCGUGGCAGAGUUGAAGGAUACAUCCAACAGAAUCAGAGAUGCUGCUGCACGAUUCAGCAUCUUCCUCAAAAAAAAUUGCAUUGCUACCUACAACGAUGCGACGAUGGAGUACUUGGACCAACUGAUCAAAGAGGAACAAGGGAAAGUCUCUGUCGGAGGUAGUCGAGAGAACCUGGAUUUCCUCGAACAAUAUCGCGCCGAAUAUGAGGAAAAGAUCCGAGUCCUUGAGGAGAAUUUGUCACAGGGAAACGUCCAUGACGAGCUCGAUCAAAAGGGGGCAGAACAAGGCCAUGCAGCAACACAGGCUACAAACUCGAGAGACAAUAUAUCAUUUGAAGACUAG